AUGCUUGUCUUGAUUCUUCUGGCUCCCUUGGUUCACGCUGUAAACGUUACCCACUAUGCGCCUCGCUCUACGAACAUCAACAACCUCACGUAUGUAGUGAAUGGAACCACCGACGCCCCAGGAAUAUACAAUACCUCUACGACACCGGACUCGGAAUAUGGCACGUACAACUGGUGUAAUAUGCCUCACGUUCGCGUUAAUGAAUAUGUAACUCCGUCCUCGAAUUACACCCUCGAAUACGUAGAGAUUAUUCAGAGGCAUCACAAGCGGACACCGUAUGCAUCCAACACGUUCUUCAAAGAGGACGUGGAGUGGAGCUGUGACGGUUCAGGUCCCGUCUAUUAUGCCCAAAGGUACGUGAUUCGGGGGGUUCAUUGGCAGGCAUCUUCUAAUCCUAUAAACCCCUGGACAGACAGUGUUGGUCCCGGAUUCGUAGGGUCUACCUGUCAAUUCCCUCAAAUUACGACGGAAGGUCUUUUCGAUAGUUUUACCCAUGGUGUCGAUCUGAGACAAGUCUACGCGUCUCGACUCGGACUUACCUCUGAACUUCGCACAUCUCCAGCUCAAAUUCGUAUGUCGCUUUCUCAGAUUACUGAUAUUUACCUUGAUCUGAAACAAAAUUCUUGUUUAGGUGUAACUAACAACGUCAUCACUUCUCAAGUCGCUGGAGCGGAAUUGACUUCCCUCGAACCCAGCCUGUCUUGCACCAACGCCAUCAAGCCAGGCGAUGAGGGUGUCUGGCAAGGCCAUUUGGCUGCAGCGCAGUCGUUGUACGAUAAACUAGAUUCCGUAUCGGGAAUCGCGUCCAACGAUAGUGCGAGCUGGCAUGUCAGUUUUGAUCACUACUAUGAUAACUUGAGUGCGAAGCAGUGUCAUGGAAAGGCAUUGCCGUGCAGUCUGAACGAGACUGAUACGUGCGUUACACAAGAAGAGGCGAACGAAGUCUACCGCCUCGGCAACUGGGAAUAUUCAUACAUGUACCGCGACUCGCUGAAUUCCACGAAAUUUAGCACGCUCAACUAUGGCGCGUGGUUGCUUGAAUUGAAGGAUCAUCUCCAGACUGCAAUGAAUGCUUCGAAUGGAACCAAAUAUUUCCACAAUGUUGCUCAUGAUGGUUCCAUGGCCUCUCUCCUCGGGUUCCUCCAAGUAGCAGAGAUGGUUUGGCCUGGGAUAUCAUCUUCGAGUUGUACAGUGACACGGACGGCAUGCAUUUCCUCCGCUGUCUUGUGGGGUGGUCAGCCGAUGGAGACCUCCACGCCUAUGGGGAUGCUGAAUAUGAUUCCGGCGGAAACGUUGAUUGAUUAUAUUGAUGAGAUGGUCGGGAGUGGGGAGGAGUUGUAUGUGGCGUGUAUGUCGUAG